AUGCAGCCUUCUAGAAGGUUUUGUGAUACCAAUGGUAGUAGUGAUAGUGCUGAGGCUAUAAGCCAACACAAUGAAGAUGGAUUGGUAUAUAACCAAGAGGACGUUCAAGAUAGGAUAGCUAUAAAUAACCGUUCCAUCUUAACAACUUCCAAUAUUUGGGACUACUUGGCAUAUUAUUUCCCAUGUUUUUCUUGGAUGCCGAAUUAUACCUUAACAAAAUUUCUAGGCGAUCUUACUGCAGGGCUUUCGGUCGCAUCCUUCCAAAUACCAUUAGCUUUAUCAUAUGCAACCUCCUUAGCACAUGUGGAACCGUUGUCUGGAUUGUAUUCAUUGGCCAUAACCCCGUUCAUUUAUGCAAUAUUUGGUUCUGUACCUCAAAUGAUUGUUGGUCCUGAGAGUGCUAUCUCACUUGUUGUUGGACAAGCGGUGGAACCGAUGGUAAACCAUGACGAGCGGAUAUCUACUAUAUCCAUAUCAAUUGUUGUUACAUUUAUAAGUGGAUCAUUCCUCUUAUUUCUCGGUAUUUUUAGGUUAGGGUUUUUGGGAAAUAUACUGAGCAGAGCUCUACUAAGAGGUUUCAUAUGUUCCGUUGGUUUCGUUAUGAUCAUUAACUCAUUAAUUUCUGAACUAAAGUUGGAUAAAGUUUUAGCUACCUCCCCUGAACACUACCACACACCUUUUGAAAAGAUUUUGUUUCUAAUUAAAUAUGGUCAACACAAUUACCAUGCCCCCACUGCUAUACUUAGUCUAUAUUCCUUUAUUAUUUUGAUGUUAAUGAAAGUCAUGAAGAAAAGACUAAUGAAGAGAUUUAAAUGGGUAAUAUUUGUUCCCGAAAUAUUAAUCGUUAUUGUAGGUACUAUCAUGUUUUCAUUCCAUUUUGAUAUCAAACAUAAAUUUGAUAUUAGUAUAAUAGGAGAUUUCAAAGUAAAUGGGUUUGACAGCUUACAUAAUCCUUUGGACAAAACGAAUCGAUUAUUAUUAAAACCCCUUUUAGACGCAGGUAUCGUAUGUGCUGUGCUAGGUUUCUUUGAAUCUACCACAGCUUCUAAAGCGUUAGGUACAACUUAUGAUUUGACGGUUUCAUCAAAUAGAGAAUUAGUCGCCCUAGGAAGUAUGAAUAUUGUAGGAUCUCUUUUCGGAGCACUCCCUGCCUUUGGAGGUUAUGGAAGAUCGAAGAUAAAUGCCCUCUCAGGUGGACAAACAGUUAUGUCUGGUGUCUGUCUCGGCUCAGUUACUCUGUUUACCAUCAAAUUUUUUUUACCUGUAGUACAUAAUACACCUACGUGCGUACUCUCGGUAGUAACCUCAGUGGUUGGUUUGACGUUGUUGGAAGAGGCACCUACUGACCUUAAAUUUUAUUUCCAAAGCCAUGGUUAUAAUGAACUAAUCGUUCUUGGACUUACAUUUAUUACAACUAUAUUCUAUUCUGUUGAAGUAGGAAUUUGUGUAGGAUGUUGCUAUUCUAUCAUCAGUAUUAUUAAACAUUCAGCUCAAUCGCGGAUCCAGAUUUUAGCUAAGAGGAAAGGAGACAAUAGGUUUUCAAAUGCUGAUGAACUUGGAAUAUUUGAUGGUGAAAAUAACAAUAAUAAUACGUUCUUUGAGCCUCUGCUUGAAGAUUUAGAUGAAGAUCGAUUGGUAGUUAAAAUCCCAGAACCGCUGACAUUUACUAAUACCGAGGAUCUUAAGGAAAGGUUAAGUCGUCUCGAAAGAUUUGGUUCAGUCAGAGUGCAUCCAGGAAGGAGAGAUUUACGAUCGCGUGAUAAAACGAAAUAUAUUAUUUUUGAUCUUCAUGGGAUGACGUAUAUAGAUGCAUCAGCUGCCCAAAUAUUAUUGGAGAUAAUUUUGGCGUAUAAUAGACGGCAGGUGUUUGUCUUUUUCGUAAGAGUGCCAAUGAGGAGAGAAGUCCGACAAAGGUUUGAAAGAUCAGGACUAAAUAAAAUUAUCGUCACCAAAUCGCCAUCUGCUACUAAUACUGGGCAGAAUUUGUUUCCAGAAUUAAGCCCAUACUUUGAAGACAUUACUGAUGCACUAGCAUACAUUGAAAGCAUGAAAAGUCCUGUAAUGACUGAUGAUCAGGAAAGUUUUUACUCUAACAGAUUAAUCAAUUCAGCCAUUGUAUAG